CACUUUGGCAAAGAUCAUGCCUAACGGCCCUGCAUCUCCAGGGCUGCUUGACGCUUCUCAUGCUCGCAGCAGGAUGGACCUUCCGAUUCGGGGUUCCCCACCAACGGCAUCGAUGUCGGAGCUACUAGCAACAACGAUAAGAGCUGUUACAUAAUUCGCGCCCUUUGCUCGAUUUCAUCGACAAUGAACUUCAACCCCUCUUUUCCUUUCCUCUCUUGCUUCUACGCUUUCAAUCCCUCCUGUCAGCAUGUUGUGGCGUUCGAUUGUACUCUCUGCUCUGUUUCUGUCUGUUGCGUUCGCACAUUCAACCUAUCAUGUAGACGAGCAAGAACCCAUUGCGCAAGAGCGUCUAGAAGAGCUUGAGCGGAAAUGGGGCAUUGAUUGGGGUUUCUCUGGUGUAUCAACAUUUGCCCACCUCCCGCACAUCCGCUGCCUGACACAUCCCGAAAGAGCCUACGACAUCGGCAUUAUAGGCGCUCCUUUCGACACAGCAGUCUCAUACCGGCCGGGCGCACGCUUUGGUCCCCGAGCCAUCCGCGCAGGUUCGUCACGACAAACGUCCUUCCGAGGCUUUAAUCCGCGAGCCAACCUCAACCCGUACACCUCAUGGGCGACAAUUGUAGAUUGCGGAGACAUCCCAAUCACGCCUUUCGAUAAUGCGCUCGCGCUCCGGCAGAUGAGCGAGGCAUUUCAAGAGCUGGGCAACAGAGCGCCGACUACCGAGGCGCUAGCGUCUUCAACAGGAUAUUUGCAUAGACCGAAGUUGCUCACGUUGGGUGGAGAUCAUAGCAUUGCGCUUCCAGCUCUGCGGGCGCUGAAGCAGAUCUAUGGGCAGCCGAUUGCCGUAGUGCACUUCGAUGCCCAUUUGGACACAUGGCAUCCAGCGAAGUACCCGUCCGCAUGGAUAGACCCAACCGAUACCUCUACGCAGUCCUUCUUCAAUCACGGCAGCAUGUUCUGGAUUGCGGCAACAGAGGGUCUGAUUGCGAAUGGCUCGUCUGUUCACGCCGGGUUGCGCACGCGUCUGUCUGGAGACGAGCCGGAAGACUACGCUGACGACUCAAACCAGGGUUGGAUUCGCAUUUCAACCGACGACAUUGAUGAGAUUGGAGUCAAGGGAAUUAUAUCAUCGAUCAUGGAGCGUGUGGGUACCGAGAUGCCAGUCUAUCUCAGCAUCGAUAUCGACGUGAUUGAUCCUGGUAUGGCGCCCGGCACUGGUACGCCGGAGCCAGGAGGUUGGACGACGAGGGAGCUGAUUCGGAUCUUGAGGGGAAUUGAGGGUAUGAACGUCGUAGGAGCAGACAUUGUGGAGGUUAGUCCCGCGUAUGACGGCUCUGCGGAGACGACCGGAUUGGCAGCUGCGCAGGUGGCGUAUGAAGUCUUGACGAGCAUUGUGAGGAAAGGGUUGAUUGAGCAGGCGAAGACGGGAGAGAGCAAGGAGAGCGUCCGGGACGAACUGUAGACUAGGAGCAUGCAACACCACAAAGAUAGGAAGAUCCUACAUCUAGUAGAACCAGAAAAUCUUCAAGAUGCC